AUGGCUUCUGAGCCCUUCAACAGCAGCUCCUCCUCCUUCAUCCUCGUGGGUGUCCCCAGCCUGGAAGCUUUCCCCACCUGCCUGGGCAUCCUCUUCUGCUCAGGAUAUGUCAUCGCCUUGGUAGGAAAUGGCGUAGUUUUGCUUGUCAUUGGGCUGGACACCUCCUUGCGUGACCCCGUCCACUGCUUCCUGGGGAUGCUGGCGGUCAUCGAUGUGGUGAUGGCGACCUCCGUCGUCCCCAAGAUGCUGGGCGUGUUCUGGCUGAACUCUGUGGAGAUUGGUUACACGGCCUGCUUUGUCCAGAUGUUCCUCGUCCACUCCACAACGUCCGAGGAGUCAGGGGUGCUCCUGGCCAUGGCUGUUGACCGCUACGUUGCGAUUUGCCACCCCCUCAGGUACCGAGCCGUCCUGAACCGCCAAACGAUAGCGCAAAUAGGCCUGGCCAUCAUGGUGAGGGCCCUCCUGUUCAUGGUGCCCUUGACAGGGAUGGUGACCAACCUCCCCUACUGCCGGUCCCGCGUGGUUCCCCACUCGUACUGCGAGCACAUGGCCGUGGCCAAGCUGGCGUGCGCAGACCCCAGGGCCAGCGGGCUUUACAGCGUGGUGGGCUCCUCUCUUAUAGUGGGGAUGGACGUGGCUUUCAUUGCCGUGUCCUACGGGAUGAUCCUUAAAACAGUCCUAGGGAAGAAAGCGCGCUGGAAGGCCUUCAGCACCUGCGGGUCUCAUGCCUGCGUGCUGCUGCUCUAUUACGUCCCUGGGAUGGUCUCCAUAUACACACAGCAUUUCAGCAGCGGCGUAUCCCUGCGCGCACGGGUUCUGCUGGCCGACCUCUACCUGAUGCUCCCCACCAUGCUGAACCCCAUCGUUUACAGCAUGAGGACCAGGCAGAUCCGUCAGGCAGUGCUCAAAAUGCUGCUUCCCAGGAAGGUUCACGCCUGA